AUGGCCGAAGCCCGCCUGCUUGCUUACCAGACCGAUAGCAUUUACCGUCUGUAUAACAUCAAAACCAAGAAGAUCGUCAUCUCUCGCGAUAUUAUCUUCCAGGAAUUGCCACCCACUGAUCUACCGAAGCCGUCGUAUGAUCUGGAUGCAAUCCACAAGCCCUCGCCUGAUCAGGCCAUGAAUAUGGACGAGAUGGAGCGCCAGCGACGUCGCUUCGCCCCUGCUAAGUUUCUUCCAUUUGCCGACGAUUAUUAUACUGACCAAACCUUCGAUAUCGACCGAAUUGAAGGCUUCGCGGACCACCAGGACGAUGAAUUCAUUGACUAUACUGACACUUUUCGCCGAAAUAAGGCUAGAUAUUCCCCUCCCGCAAGCCCUCGCGACCGUCCUUCCAGUGCUCCCGAGCUUAAUCCUUACCUCCCACCAAUCAGCGAUAGUCUUUUCAGACACCUUUAA